CCGCCCGGGAUAUGUGCGUUACGGCAUUACGCACGGAGCAGGAGCGACCGCUAUCUUGAUCUGCCUCAUAUCUAUAUCAGGAAUAGGAUUUCACCUUUGGGAAAGGAUGAGCAGCAAGGAGCUGACGGUGGGCCAGUCCAGCCAGUAUGUGGGGCCUUACCGGCUGGAGAAGACCCUCGGGAAGGGACAGACAGGACUGGUGAAGUUGGGUGUCCACUGUAUAACGGGACAGAAGGUGGCCAUAAAGAUUGUCAACCGAGAGAAACUCUCUGAAUCAGUUCUAAUGAAGGUGGAGAGAGAAAUAGCUAUUCUUAAACUAAUAGAGCACCCUCACGUUCUGAAGCUGCAUGAUGUCUAUGAGAAUAACAAAUACCUGUACCUGGUUUUGGAGCAUGUGUCUGGCGGAGAGUUAUUUGACUACCUGGUGAAGAAGGGCAGGCUGACCCCCAAAGAAGCCAGGAAGUUCUUCAGACAAAUCAUCUCCGCCCUUGACUUCUGCCACAGUCACUCCAUAUGUCACAGAGACCUGAAGCCAGAGAAUCUUCUCCUGGAUGAGAAGAAUAACAUCAGGGUAGCAGACUUUGGCAUGGCGUCGCUUCAAGUCGGGGACAGCCUGUUGGAAACCAGUUGUGGAUCCCCACAUUAUGCUUGCCCAGAGGUCAUAAGGGGGGAGAAGUACGAUGGACGCCGAGCAGAUGUUUGGAGUUGUGGAGUCAUCCUCUUUGCUCUUCUUGUGGGUGCCUUGCCCUUUGACCAUGAUAACCUGCGGCAGCUUCUAGAGAAAGUGAAGAGCGGGGUAUUCCACAUGCCUCACUUUAUACCUCCCGACUGUCAAGCUUUGCUUAAAGGAAUGAUAGAGGUCAACCCCGACAAGAGACUCACGCUUCAGUGUCUAGAAGCAAUACAGAAACACCCCUGGUACCAGGGUGGUCGUAAUGAGCCUUGCCCAGAGCAGCCGCCUCCUCGCCGGGUGUGUGUGAAGAGGAUCCUGUCCUUAACAGACCUGGACCCUGAUGUCCUGGAGAGCAUGUACUCCUUAGGGUGCUUCAGAGACCGGGUCAAACUCACACAGGACCUUACAAGUGAGGAGGAGAACCAGGAGAAGAUGAUCUACUACCUCCUAUUGGACAGGAAGGAGCGCUACCCCAGCUGUGAAGAUGAGGAUCUGCCUCCCAGAAAUGACCUAGACCCACCCAGGAAGCGUGUGGACUCCCCCAUGCUGACGCGUCAUGGCCGGUGUCGUCCGGAGAGGAAGAGCCUGGAGGUCCUCAGUGUCACAGAACAGGGGUCUCCCACCCCACCUCGCAGGGCCCUGGACACUAAUGCACACAGCCAGAGGUCUCGUUCAGUCAGUGGGGCGUCCACAGGCCUGUCCUCCAGUCCUCUCAGCAGUCCCAGGAGCCCGGUCUUCACUUUCAGCCAAUCAGAAGUCACCUCCGCUCCUUCCUCCAAAGACCCCAAACCAGGAAGUGCCACCACCUCCCGUCCUACCCGCCCAGCGCCCGACUCAAAAACACAGACCCUGCCCUCAAAGGGCCCCGCCGACCGGCCCCAACUCCACUCCAUGAAGUCCCUCCCUCUGCAGACUCCACGCUCCCCUUCCCCAUCCCCCUCUCCACUCCUCUCCCCCAUCCCACGCUUCUUCAACUUCCCCUCUCCGUCUGUCUUUAAGUCCAAGAACGUCCACUCGUCCUCUAACUCCUCUGCCACCCCUCCUCCUGUGUCGCAGGUCACGCCGCAGGGCUCGCCGCUGCCCACCCCGCUGGGCACGCCUGUGCACCAAAUCCACCACCCUUCCUCCACCACCCCUCCCUCCUCUUCCUCCUCGUCUUCUUCUUCCAGAGCGGACGGAGCCGGCGGGGCCUCGCUGUCGCUGACGCCGCCCUCCAGCCCGGGCGGCAGUGGCGGUCUGGCCGGCUCGAGCUCCGCCCACUGGAGAACAAGACUCAACUCGUUCAAAAACAACCUUCUGGGCUCGCCACGCUUCCAUCGGCGCAAACUGCAAGUCCCCACAUCAGAGGACAUGUCCAGUUUAACUCCAGAGUCCAGUCCAGAACUGGCUAAGAAGUCCUGGUUCGGCAACUUCAUCAGCCUGGAGAAGGAGGAGCAGAUCUUUGUUAUGAUUCGAGACAAGCCACUCAGCUCCAUCAAGGCUGACAUCGUCCAUGCUUUUCUCUCAAUCCCAUCCCUGAGCCACAGUGUGGUGUCUCAGAACAGUUUCCGGGCAGAGUACAAGUCCUCUGGCGGCCCCUCGGUCUUCCAGAAGCCCGUCAAGUUCCAAGUGGACAUUGCUUUCUCCGAAGGAGAGAGGGAGCGAGAGAGGGAACGAGCAGAGGGGGAAGGGAAACGAGAAAUGGGCAUCUACAGUGUCACCUUCACCCUAAUAACAGGUCCCAGUCGCAGAUUCAAGAGAGUGGUGGAAACAAUCCAGGCUCAGCUCCUGAGUACUCACGAUCAGCCUUCUGUGCAGGCACUGGCUGAUGAGAAGAACGGUCAGCUUUCCCGACAGCCCAGCACGCCUUCGCGUCAGAACUCCCGGCGUUCCGAGAGCGGAUCGGAGCGGGGGGGGGAGAAGGAGCGUGCGGCAGACGGAGGGAGCGGGAGCGGCAGCGGCGGCAGCAGCAGCGGGACCGCCUUACAAAGGCAGGGCUCGGGGAAAGACAAGACCAGACUCCUCUCGUCGUCCAACGGGACGCAGUCUCAUCCCUGAAGAGAAUGUUGUGGAAGAGAGGCCAGGGUCACCUGCCUGGCCUUUUUCUCUUCCUUUCCUCAAUCCCCCCCACGUUAUUUCCUUCACUAUUUCAUUUCUUCCUGCCUUGCUUUUCUACCAUUAUUCCAAAGCAAUGGGAUGGAAGAGGAGGGGGAAGUUUUCUCCCCUGAAGCUGAUUUUCGGGACAGAGAAUUGCCCACAAACGGCUGAUUUUAGCAGAAAUGCAUACUUGUGGGGGUGGCAGAAGCAGAUUGAUCUCUAAUCAGCCUUCGUGAUGAAAACCAGAUGUCCCAAAAAGUCCCCAACCUCACCGGAGAAAUAAAGGAAAAGCUCACACACGUCGUUCACCCCGACGAAUCAAGAAAGCACAUAAUCUUCCCACUGACCUAUCACACUGCAGCACAUAGCUCAAAUCCAACAGGAAACCUCCAUCAGUCGGUCAUAAUGGCCCAGGAAGAUGCCGGCCAAUGACAGAGUCCUGUAAGUCAUUCUGUUUUAUCAUUUCCCGACCAGCCAACUGUCACCUGGAACAUCCACGUCUCCUCAACACUAACCUGACCCCAAACAGGAAAACCUUCUCUCCUCUCUCUUCUCCUCACUUUCUAACUCAAGACAAAUAGUGGCUUGUGUCUUCUCAAGCAAUGCAACAAAAGGAGGAUUUGUCUUUUGAGAAAGAAUUACAGGAAGAGUCUUGAUUUGGACUUGAUUGUUAAAGUGGACUUUAUCUGUAGAUAAUUAGCAAACGUAACGCCGUACUUUAACAAUCAAGGAGCCUGAGAGCGGAGAAAGAAAUGACGGAGAACGGAUCCGACGUGGUCUCCGUUCUGUAGCCCCACAGCGAGGGGGGACAUCAAAAACCAGACAGACGACACCACUUUUCCUCGAGCGUUUGAGAAGCAUAAAUUCCCACAAUUAUUUCCGAAUUACACUGAAGCUAUGACACCGCAUUGCCUUUAAUGGAGGAGAAUAAGUGGAUAGCUAGGUAGAUUUAGCCCCAUUUGGAGGACACUAGUCACACCACAGGUAGAAUGUCUCACAAGUGAAAUCUCCCGCCGGAGGAGAGGGAGGUGAAUAGAUAGAUAGAGACUAAACAGAGGAUAGCUAGCAGCAGGUAUCCAUUGGGUAGCAAAGGAAGGACACGAGAAAAACUAGCAGCAACAAUAUAGAGCUGACUUAGAGAUGGCAGUGAUAGCCAGUUCUGUUAGGUGAGGAUCUUUUUCCAAGUCUGAAAAUACAAUAUUCAUACGCCAUAUGUACAUUGAAAGAGUUCCAGUUUGCUGUAUAUUCUCCUGAACAUGCUGGCUGUGAAAGAAUCCCUUCCAAGUGUGACGCCACUGUAAAAGAUAGGGAUCAAAGUCCACAGACAAGCUAAUAUGCGGCGUCAGCAGUCUGAGCUAGCCUAACUGACGUUCGGUAUACCAUGCAUGAUUUUUUUCUGUACUUUUAGCUCAGUGCUAUGUAUAUAGCUAUCAAGUGCAUACUUAAAGCUAUAGUGCGUAGUUUCUGUCUCCCCCAAGCCUUAGGUCACAUUGUGUCAAACUCAAGGCCCGAGGGCCAAAUGUGGCCCCUCGCAGGUUUUGUGAAUUUUUCAAUUUAGGUUCACAAUAAAUUUAGGCCCACCUAGUUUUUGUCGUUUUUUCCAAAGUUUUUGGUGCAUUUUUUGACAUUUUUGACGCCUUUUCUGGCGGUUUAUGCAGGUUUUUUUCAAGGCUUUAGGCACUUUGUUUUAACGUUUUUGACGCUUUACUCAGUGCUUUGCCACUUUUCCGGAAGUUUUUGGUGCUUUUACAAUGUUUUUUACAAUUUUGACGCUUUUUUCCGGCCUUCUUCCAACUUUUUUGGCGCUUUUUUCAGCGUACUUGUCGCUGGCUGGCUGGGGCUUUAUGAGGCGCAAAAUGUAAGUGAGAAGACUACAGUAUAUGAGACAUGCAAAAA